UCACACUCUCUGCUAUUGGCAGGAAGACAGUUCGUCCUCGCGACUCGAGUGUCGGGGCGUGGCCAACGGUCUGGUCAUAUACAGGUGGUCAACGGCACUCCGUCCUCUGUUUGCUGACUGUUGAUCCUUAGUGCGGUAACUUUUCACACCGAUUGAUCGACUGUGGCGAUUGAGUCUGCAGAAAGUGAACAACACACUACUAACAUGAGUAAACAACAGCCAAUCAAGGUCUGUGAAGAAGCCUUCCUCCGCUGUGCGCCGUGGACACCAGUUAUCUUCAGACUGCAGCAAAAAAGGAUAGUAAAAACACCAGGCCACAAUAGUCGUUAUAGUGAAGCUAUUAACUGUUUGGAGGCUUUUGGUGUUCGCAGUGACAUUGACUCUGUGUGCGCACACCUGACAACUUUUAAAUAUUCUGAAAUCGCCAAGAGAGUGUUCUGUAAUAUUCGUAAACGGCCACAACGACAGCCUUGGAGCUUACCUGCUGCUGUCGACCUUUCUGUUGCCGUGGAGUUACAAGACCCCAUGGCGUACCAAGCUAAAAGGCUCUUUAAGGACUUCCUGCGUGUCUUCCUUAGUCUCUGCCAGAACCUCAUUGAAGAUAAUCAGUCUCUUGAGCAGAGACUGAAAGGCGCUUUCAUUGAUGUUUUCGAAGGACUGACAGAUUCUAAUUUCAGUCUUGAGCCUCACUGGAACGAAAAACCUAUACGCAAGGAAAGCUCUAUUUGUUAUGCACUACAUCUCGUCCAUCGCUACCACAUAGAAUUUCCAGAGUAUUACGAAACGAUGAUCAGUGAUCUGGCUAUCCUUGCUCCUAAACAUUGGGGAAUGUACCAGCGAGGAAAUAAGUAUUCAGGAGACUACACAAAGUGGUGUAUACCUGAAACGUUUAGUGGAUUUGAAUUGGACACCGAAUCUGACACACCAAGGGACUGGGAUGCCAUGCAGGGAGAAAGGAUAGCUUAUGGUGGGAGGUCUACAUUACUGUCUCCUGAAAAACGUACAAGAGUGGCGGGUUCGUCGAGUUCGGAGGAAGAAGGAUCGUCCUUACCUAAGUUGAGGCGCACAGAGCGCUCAAACUUGACAUUGCGACAAUCUACACCACCUGACAUUGUCGAUGAAACUUCUUCCUCCUCUCAAGUGUCAUCACCAUCAGAGGGAGAAGCAUCUGACUAUGAAGGACUUGACAGAGAAAGUAGCAAUACCGAGGACGACGUGGUGACGAGAAAUACAGCAAACAUGGACACGGCUAGAGCGAUGACCUUUAGUCCUCAGCCUUCUACCUCUCGUGAAGAGGAGCAACCGUCGACUUCUAGACAAGCAGACGUCAGGGACGUGGAGACAAAUGACAGAACCGUUUCUUCUGGUUCUACAGCAGGAGACAUCAGACAAUCAUCUCUUGCAAUGGAUACUGUUGGUGUUUCUUCUGGUUCUUCUACAGCACGAGACAUCAGACAAUCAUUUCUUGCAAUGGAUACUGUUGGUGUUUCUUCUGGUUCUUCUACAGCACGAGACAUCAGACAAUCAUCUUUUGUAAUGGCUAAUGCUGGCCUAUUGAACGAAGUAUCGCAGACGCCUGAAGUUUCCUCCUUUCUGGAUGAAUGUGUUAAAGCAAUGAUUCGUCAGAGAUGCAAGAAUUUGCUGGGGAAUUUAGGCCCAACUGACGAUUUUACAGAAUGACUUUAACAAAGUUUAUGUUGUUAUCAAGUUUAUAACCUUGACAUCAUCAUAUUUCUAACUGUAUGUGUCUAAUUUACGUAAGGUGUACUUGUCCCCACUGAGUGUCCGAACAUUGUCAACUGUUUGUUCGCCUCUUGUCAGUUGACAAAAUAACCAAAGUAUUCUAAUGCUCAGUGCAGGUAUCUUCAUUACUUCCUUCUGAACACUAAUUGUUAGAAGCAUCGUGGUGUAUGUGUGUGUUUCCAAAUGUUUCUGUAUCGCUAUCAGUACUUGUAGCUACAUGCGUUGAUAAACGCAUUUUUUGUGCAUGUGCGCUUGUGUGUAUGUG